UCAGGAAGCCCUGCGCUGCCAUGCUGGUCAGUCUAGGCGCAUUGCGAGUUCUGCUUGGCGUCUUCUUCACUCUCACCGGGGCUGCCAAGCUCUUUCAGGUCUCGGCCCCCGUGUCACAACAGAUGAAAGCCUUGUUCGAGCAGUUUGCUGAGGUGUUCCCGUUGAAGGUGUUGGGCUACCAGCCAGAUCCUAUAAGCUACCAAGCAGCUGUGGGCUGGCUGGAACUGCUGGCUGGGUUGCUGCUGGUCGUGGGUCCACCUGUGCUACAGCAGAUCAGUAACGUGCUCUUGAUCCUCCUCAUGAUGGGGGCUGUCUUCACUUUGGUGGUCCUGGAAGAGUCCCUGAGUACUUAUAUCCCAGCUGUUGUCUGUCUGGGGCUCCUGCUGCUGCUGGAUUCCUGCCAGUUCUUAGUUCGAACUAAAGGAGCGGUCAGAUGCCGUAACAAAAUCCCUGGUGCACUUGGGAACCGUAGGAAGUGAGUCUUCAUGCCACACAGCACAGCAGGGACAGUCAUAGCAUACUGUCUACAACUUUGUUAGUCAUUCAGUGUAGAGAGAGGGCUUGUCUAGGCCUCAGUCUCCCCUAAUAACCAUGCUGCUCUGUCCUGAGGGGGCAGUAACACUCUUCAUGUCACGGGAAAACAGGAAGUAAACGGGAAAGAAACUAAAACCACUUCAGAUUCUAAUACUCUGUGAAUAAUCCUCUCAAUGUUUUGGCGUGACUGUGCCUCACAACUUUUUCUAUAAUUAUAUACAGAUGCAUGGUUUUUUUUAAUGAAAUGAGACAGUGUAGCCUAUUGCCCACCGUUAAGAUCCAGGGUUCUUUAACAUCUCUUGUGUUUUUACUCCGUCAAUGUUCAUGGCUUUAAGCACUCAAGUCACUGAGUUGGGGAUGAAGAGGCAGCUGAGGUGCUAGGAACACCUACUGCCUUCGCAAAGGGCCAGGGCUCAGUUCCCAGCAUCCUCAUGGUGGCUCACAAUUCUACCUCUGGUC